CUAGCAGUUAUACCGUUUAAGCAAGUAAUCAUUUUGUGACUGUCAAUAUCAAUAUUAUUUUUAUUAUAUCUAAAAAAUAUGUCCUUGCAUACUAAAAUAUCAAAUUUUAUAUUUGAUUUUCGUAAAUGAGAAAAUUAAUUUUCUAAAUUGAUACUUUUUUAGUACAAAUAUUAAUUAGAAUUGAAUAUAUUUAUGUAUACAUUUAUGUAUUUUAUAAAAAUUUUGGUUAAUAUAAUUAUAUAUCAUUAUUUAAUAUGUUAAUUAUGCAGAAAAUUUUAAUGGUGAUUACUUUAUUAUUAUUUAAUUUUCACAAAGUUAUUCUUUUGCAAUCUCAAUCAUUUUCUUCUAUUGUUAUUAUGGCAAAUUAUACAGCAUAUCAAUUUGCCAUAAAUAUUAAUGUUGAAUAUGUAUUUUUAUAUCCUAUUAAUAAUGUAACUUCAAUGGAAACUGUAAGAAUAGAAGUUGAAAGCAAUGCUACUAGUAAUCUACCUCUUAUAGUAGUUGUUCGCCAAAAAAAAGAAUUCUUAUCGUGGCAAAUCCCUCUUAUAGUAAAGAGUAUGUAUUUUAAUAAUUCAGAAUAUAAUAAAACAAGUAGAACUCUAUGUUCAACCAAUUAUAAUCUCAAUGAAAAGCAGGAAAAAGAAUUUAUGAUUAUUAGUGUGUCCACUACUAAUCACCAAAAUAUUUCAUUUAUACUUAAUGUGACAAAAGAACAUAAUUUUUAUUUAAGUACUGGAGAAAACAAAACUGUAGAAAUUUCACCAUCUCAACCUAUUUAUUAUGGUUAUACUUUCUCAGGACAAGUAGAAAAUUCUUCUGUAAUUGUUCAUGUCAAGUCUGAUAGUGACAUUUGUAUGACUGUUUCAAUACAAAAUAUAUCAUGUCCUGUGUUUGAUUUAGAGAGGAAUAUUGAAUUUUCUGGAUAUUGGCAAACUGUAAUUCGACAGGGUGGUAUAACUGUACCAAAAGAAGAAUUUCCAUUAGGCUUCUUUGUGGUACUUGUAGUAAAAAGUGAUGACACUGAUUGUUAUGGAACUCCUACUAUGAUUCCUUCACGAAAUAAACAAGUGAUAUUAACAAUAAAUGCUAGUAUUACCAAAAGAGAUUAUAUUAUUGCUUCAGGAAUAGUUGUAUGUGUUAUUUUUAGUUUUUGUAUUACUUAUGUUGUGAGUACUGUGAUAUUAAAAAUUAAAAGAGAUAGACAAAUGAAAGAAGAGAUAUUAAAUCAAGAAUCAGAACAUAUUAAUGAACCUAUACCAAGUCCUUCAACAAUAGAAGAGUCAGGACCAGUAUCUAUAGAUGAUGAUUCUUCAUUGGAUGAAGAUGAUAUUGAUAUGAUGGAAGAUGCUCUUUCUGAUAAGGAAAUAAUACGAACAAAACUUGUACUUUCUGUUUGUGAUUUGGCUCGUAAAGAUCCAAAAAUUCUUAGGCAUAAAUCUAGAUUAUAUCUAUAUUAUUUGAUAACGGUCGCUAUUUUUUAUACUUUACCUGCAGUACAGCUGUUAAUUACAUAUCAGCAUGUACUUCAUGUUACUGGCAAUCAAGAUAUGUGUUAUUAUAAUUUUUUAUGUGCUCAUCCAUUUCAAGCAUUAUCAGAUUUUAAUCAUGUAUUUUCAAAUAUUGGAUAUAUUAUGUUAGGUUUUCUAUUUAUAUUUUUAACAUCUUUCCGAGAACAUAAUGAAUUUGAUAAAGAAAAAAAUAAAUGUUAUGGCAUACCACAACAUUAUGGAUUAUUUUAUGCAAUGGGUACUGCACUUAUUAUGGAAGGAAUACUCUCAGGAAGUUAUCAUGUAUGUCCAAAUCGAAGUAAUUUUCAAUUUGAUUCAAGUUUUAUGUACAUCAUAACAGUAUUAUGCAUGAUUAAAAUUUAUCAAACUCGACACCCUGAUAUAAAUGCUCGGGCAUCAGUUACAUUUGCAAUGUUGGCAUUCAUUAUUUUCAUAAACUUGAUGGGAGUUUUGAAUGGCUCGAUAUAUUUUUGGAUUUUAUUUACAAUCACACAUCUAUUAACUUGUCUUUUUAUGACCAUUCAAAUUUAUUAUAUGGGACGAUGGAAAUUUAGAGCUUUGUUAACAAGACUACUACAGAACUGUAAACAUGACGCCCGUUCUGGAAUUGGAUAUUUAUUUCGACCUUUGUAUAUAGGACGCUUUUUUAUGCUUGUUAUAGCAAAUUUAUGGAACAUUGCUCUCGCAGUAAUUGGAAAUAUACAUCAAGAAAAAAAUUUUGCCACGUUUCUAUUAGCCAUAUUAAUGUCUAAUUUAAUUUUAUAUACUACUUUUUAUAUUAUUAUGAAGAUUUGUCAUAAAGAACGAAUUCUACUUCAACCAUGUAUUUAUAUUGUUUUAUCAAUUAUAUUUUGGGCCGCUGCUUUAUAUUUUUUUAUAAAAACCAUUUCAUGGGAACUUACUCCAGCUCAAUCACGUCAUUAUAAUAAACCCUGCGAGUUCUUACACUUUUUUGAUAGUCAUGAUAUUUGGCAUUUUCUAUCUUCUUUAGCAAUGUUUUUUUCAUUUAUGGUACUGCUUACUCUAGAUGAUGAUUUAAUUGAUGUACAUCGAAGUCAGAUACCAGUCUUUUAAAGACAAUGACAUAAACGAAGAGAGUAUUGAGAAUUUUUUUUAUGUCUCUAACGAUAUGACUGCAUGUAAUAUACAUUUGAACUUGAUAUCAAUGAAUUAAAAAUAGUAUAAAAUAUAUGUGUAUAAAGGUCAUUUAGCAACUAUUUUAUAUUAAAUGCCUUAUUUUCGUUAAAUA